CUGCAGGCUACAGAAAUGCCCCCACAGUUGAAGACCAACCUAAACAUCAUCCCCAAGGUUAUCCAGGGGGAUUUGCAGAGCCUGCCUCCAGAAGUGAGAGAGUUCAUUGAAAGUAAUGCCAAGCUGUGCCAGCCUGAAAGCAUUCAUAUUUGUGAUGGUUCAGAAGAAGAAAACCAAAAAAUUCUGGACAUCAUGGUAGAGCAAGGCAUGAUCAAGAAGCUGAGCAAGUACGAGAACUGCUGGUUGGCUCUCACUGAUCCAAGGGAUGUGGCAAGAAUUGAGAGCAAAACUGUCAUUAUCACUCAAGAACAGAGAGAUACCAUUCCAAUCCCUAAAACUGGAACUAGCCAGCUGGGCCGCUGGAUGUCAGAAGAAGAUUUUGAGAAAGCUUUCAGUAUCAGAUUUCCAGGCUGCAUGCAAGGGCGUACGAUGUAUGUCAUCCCCUUCAGCAUGGGGCCUAUUGGGUCUCCUUUGUCCAAGAUUGGGAUUGAACUGACAGAUUCACCAUAUGUAGUGGCCAGCAUGAGGAUCAUGACACGAAUGGGAACAGCUCCUUUGAAAGCUUUGGAAAAUGGGGAGUUUGUAAAAUGCCUUCACUCAGUUGGAUGCCCUCUACCACUAAAAGAACCGCUAAUCAACAACUGGCCAUGCAAUCCAGAGUUAACACUGAUUGCUCAUCUCCCAGAUCGCAGAGAGAUCAUUUCAUUUGGCAGUGGUUACGGAGGAAACUCCUUGCUAGGGAAAAAGUGUUUUGCUCUCAGAAUUGCCAGCAGAAUCGCCAAGGAAGAGGGCUGGCUAGCUGAGCACAUGCUGAUCCUGGGCAUUACAAAUCCAGAGGGUGAGAAGAAGUAUUUUGCUGCAGCAUUCCCUAGUGCAUGUGGAAAGACAAACUUGGCCAUGAUGAACCCAAGUCUGCCAGGAUGGAAAAUUGAGUGCGUGGGGGAUGAUAUUGCCUGGAUGAAAUUUGAUGAGCAAGGUGACUUAAGGGCAAUCAAUCCAGAAAAUGGCUUUUUUGGUGUUGCCCCUGGAACUUCAAUCAAAACAAACCCCAAUGCCAUUAAAACCAUAUUCAAGAACACCAUAUUUACCAAUGUAGCUGAAACCAGUGAUGGAGGUGUCUACUGGGAAGGCAUUGAUGAACCAUUGCCAUCAGGAGUAACACUGACUUCAUGGAAAAACAAGGACUGGACCCCAGAUAAUGGGGAACCUUGUGCUCAUCCCAAUUCACGUUUUUGCACCCCAGCCAGUCAGUGCCCCAUCAUAGACCCUGCAUGGGAGUCACCAGAAGGUGUGCCCAUCGAAGCCAUCAUAUUUGGAGGCCGCAGACCUACUGGUGUGCCUCUUGUGUAUGAGGCCUUUAACUGGCAGCAUGGAGUAUUUAUAGGAACAGCUAUGAGAUCUGAAGCAACAGCAGCUGCUGAACACAAAGGCAAAAUCAUUAUGCACGAUCCGUUUGCCAUGAGACCUUUCUUUGGCUAUAACUUUGGCAAGUAUUUAGCCCACUGGCUCAGCAUGGCACAUCGUCCAGCUGCAAAACUACCAAAGAUCUUCCAUGUUAACUGGUUUCGGAAAGACAACCAAGGGAAAUUCCUGUGGCCUGGCUACGGAGAGAAUUCCCGUGUACUGGAGUGGAUGUUCAAAAGAAUUCAAGGAAAAGCCUCUGCCAAGCCAACUGCCAUAGGUUACAUCCCUGCUGACACUGCUUUGAACCUGAAGGGUUUAGAAGAUGUCAACUUGGCUGAACUAUUUGAGGUCUCCAAAGAGUUCUGGGAAAAGGAGGUGGAAGAAAUCAAACAGUACUUUGAGGAGCAGAUUAAUGCUGACCUUCCCUAUGAAAUAGAAGGAGAAGUACUUGCCUUGGAGAAGAGGAUAAAACAGUUGUAG